CGGGUGUGUGUUUUCAGGAAUAACUGGUGAUCAAAUACACUCGCUAUUUCGCACUGGCAUUCGAAAUCUCAUGUUGUCCAGAACCUCUAUUAUGAAUUGACACUGCGACAUCUUUACUCAUAGGAUCGAAUGUGCUCGGAGGUUAUUGUCACGAAUUUCAUGUGAUUGAUAAAAAGUUAUGGACAGACCUGGGGAAAGCAUCACAAGUGGCCAAGGACGAAUAAAGAGAAAACGAGUAAAGCACCUCAAGAAUAUUCACAUCAGGAGACGCUGUGCAGUACGAAUCUGUAGGAUCAGCAGCAUUACCAUAUUUCCGUCCUAUAGUCGUUUAAUAUGGCUUCAGAACUGACCUGUGAGCAGGCUGAACAGCGAGUGAAGGGAGGUGAGCCGAAGAUGAGCCGAAGGUGAUCCGCCUGCGACUGACGCCGGCUAAAAUUAGCGACGUCCCGAACUUCGCAUUUCAACUUCAACGUAUGUAAACACAAACCAAUCUGACAAGCACUCAUUCGACUCCAGUCUGCAACAAGUCGUUCAAAUCCACACAAACUAGCAUUCCUUCGACACUUGCGGCAUUUCCCGUGUCUUCCAUAAAGCUAGGAUGAGAAGUCCUGUCAUUCAUUAUUUUUCUACUCCUUACUAGCCGGCAUCCUACUUUCUUGUAGCUAUGUUAGGACGACUCCGACGAACUUAUCAACCUGCACUCACAAGCCAAACCACACUGCCCAUGCUUACAGCAGCAGUCAGCAGUAGAGCUCUUCACACAACCUUUGGUGGAGAGACUGAAGAAUAUCUGCAAGACUCGACUGACCCUUACCUUUAUACCACUGGCCGCUGGCUGAGUCGCGAUAAGUUGCAGCGUGAAGCCCGUUACGUCAAGUUCGACUUUUCCGCCUUAUGCAGGAAGGCUGUGAACACGUGUUCCGGAGCCACCAAAGUCAUUCGUUAUGAGAAGAGGGAGGGAGGAUUCAACCGGGUUUUCAUUUUGUACCUGGACAAUGGAGAGCGAGUCGUGACUAGAGUACCCUUCCGUAUUGCAGGUCCGCGAAGAUUGGUUACCAACUCCGAAGUGGCGACCAUGACUUAUGUAAGAUCGUUCACAAAGAUACCGAUUCCCAAAGUCCUCGACUGGAGCGACGAUGACAACAAUGCUAUUGGUAGCGAGUAUAUCAUAAUGGAACACGCACCUGGGGUUCGGCUACAUGAGAAAUGGCCUUCUGUGACUCCUCAUCACCACAUGCUAUGCGUCAAAAAGUUGGCCUUCAUGGUGACUGAGAUGGCAAAGCUUCCGUUUCCGGCGUACGGAAGUCUCUAUUUUGCCGACGCACCAAUUGACCCGAAAUCAAAAAUUGAAUUCGCCGAAGGUUUCUGCAUAGGACCUCAUUGUGGUCCGCAAUACUGGGACUGUAACGCUGGAGAGUCUCGGUUUUAUACCGAACGGCCUCCUAACAGAGGGCCAUGGACUGGACUACAAGCCUACUGCUCUGGCCUCAUUGAUGCCGGUUUCUCGCGAGUACCAAAGACUGGCGGCGUCGUGGACGAAUUACCUUAUCGCGGAUCUGUGCAAGAGCAUCUGCGUCUCCUGAAUAUCAGUGAGAAAGUAAAUGAGGAAUUGAUCAAAGCCCCGGUCAUUGAACGGGUGACUAGUCCAACAUUGCUUCACCCGGACCUCCAUAAAAGAAACAUUUAUGUCUCGGAGGAAGAUCCUUCCUGUAUUACCGCAAUUAUCGAUUGGCAGUCUACCAGUAUCGAACCGACAUUCUGCUACGCGAACGAGACGCCGGAUCUAGUUGAGGAUCCCGCAGCCGACGUCCCAAUCUUGGAAGAGUUAUUGUCUUCCGCAGAGGAUGAUAGUCCAAGCGCAGCAGUAACUAAGGAAACUGUGGUAAAAGAUCCAGAAGUAGAGGCUGCAAGGAAAAGACACUUGAAAGAUGUCUGGACCUGCACGCAAACCUUCGAAGUUGUGCUGAAAGGCUAUCUUCCAGAACUCCACCAUGCCAGAGCCAUGGACCAGACCCUGCUCAGGACUUUCCGCUAUUGCGACGCAUCCUGGAGAGACAGUGCGGCAGCUCUGCGGCAGGAAUUGAUCAAGCUCUCGCAACGCUGGACUGAGCUGCGGCUUCCUGGUUCUUGUCCGUACCAACCAACGCUAGAAGAGCUCGCCGAGCACGCAGAGCAGUAUGAAGAUUUCGAAAAGUUUCAGCAGUUGAAGAUGUUCCUCAAGCGCGCCCUGGACGCAGAUUCAGACGGGUGGGUCCCCGCCAAGAAUUGGGAAACAGCGAAGAAGGAUCAUAAAGUUCUUUUCGACCAGUGGAUGGAGAGUAUCAAGGAGUCUGGGGGCAGUGAAAGUUAUGCCAGAAAACUAUGGCCCUUUCAUGAGCUAUGAACAAGUAUGAUUUACAUCCCAGGCGCAACUUAAGACCCGCCAGCGAAGGCCCAACAGUCUCGAUGUAUAUGUACCUCGAGUAUUCGACGGCAUGUAAGAAUAUGUGCGCAAUAGGAUUCGUUGAAGCAUAUCUUCGAAUAAUAUCCUUCUCCACUUUUUAAUUGAGAGGAUCAUGUUAUUCUACCUUCUCCACCGUGUCAUCUCCACUUCCUCCUUCAUGCACGUCCCCGACAUUUCCACUCCACCCCUUCUAAUGCUCAAUUUCCAACUCGAUAUCCAUUGCUCAAACAUAAGACCCUGUGGCGGACGGACAUGCAUGUGACAGCUGUAAACGUUGAGCGAAAGAUUGGGGUAGGGGAAGG